AUGGCGGCCGACUCCGGCGGCUCAAUUCCGGUUUUCGGGUCUCGAUUUGCCUUAUUGGAUGGCAAUGAAGCAAACUGUAACGCGAAAUUCAGUGUAAUGGGGAAAAAUAAAAAAAGGCAUGCUCAACGUGAGGUUGUUGGGGAAAUUAACUUUACAAAGCAACAACGUCUUGAUGGAGGUGACAACGGUUCUCGUUUCCUCAUUCUGAGUCGAACGGACAAAGACAAAACAAUGGAGGACGUAAAUCCAUUUUUGAUAAAACGGGCCAUCGAUGCUAUAUCUGCGAACAUCAAGAUCGAAAGGUACAAAAACGGUACACUGCUCUUGAAAACCGUGAACAGGCAUCAAGCGGAAAAAAUCAUCAAGCAAACAAAACUAACCGACGGAAUCAACAUUGCAGUUAUCGACCAUCCCUCGAUGAAUAAAUCCAAAGGCACGAUAUAUUGCCCGGAUUUGAAAAUGUUGAAAGACGAAGAAAUUCUGAAAGAACUUUCUCCUAGCCAUGUGUCUGAAGUGAAACGUAUUACGCGAAAAGACAAAAGUGGAAAGAUCGUGGAAACAGGUGCUUUCAUCCUCACUUUCGACCUUGGGGCCUUACCAAGUUCAAUAGAUGCAGCCUUUUACCAGUGCAAAGUUCGUCCCUACGUCCCCUUCCCCCUACGGUGCAUGACAUGUCUUAGAUAUGGACAUAAAAAAGACCAGUGCAAAGGAAACGGUAUCUGUGCAAUGUGCGCUAAUCUAUUCCACGACAAGAAACCAUGUGCUUCGACACUUACUUGCGUAAAUUGUCGAGGUAGCCACUCAGCACUGUCGCGUGAGUGCCCGGUUUUCAUCGACGAGUUUGAGAUCCAGCGUAUCCGAGUUGAAGAGAGAGUUUCUCUAAAAGACGCCAGACGAAUUCGACGCCUACGUGUACCGAACGUUAUCACCGUGAGACCAAAUCUGAGAGAGAGUUACGCCGCAGCUCUCAGAAACGAAAGAAGAGAGGAACAUCAACAGCCCACUUCCGGGAACUCAACAACAAGCAAACCAACAACAACUGAAACUACCAACGAAAACAUCGAACCAACUGAAUCAUCGCCAAGCCACACCAACCAAGAUAAACCAUCCACCACCACUCAAUCUCCAUCAUGGGCCGAUAUGAUGGAGACGCCUGAUACAUCAUCAUCGAAGACAACAGACCAAAAGGAAACAAACGACAAACAAUCAUCGCUCGAAGAAACAGGUUCACAUUUAUCUCAACAGACAAAUGAUGAGCCUUUACCACAACAAUUGAGUCACGCAAGUAGUAACAUAACAUACACAAGUAAUUCAAACAACGUAUCCAUUCCAAACACAGUAGAAAACAUAAUAGGUUAA